CCUUCCCUCUAAACUCUGCUCUAUAUUAAACAAGUUUAUAAGGUGACUUUCUGUCACUUAUUCUUUACCGCACAGCCUCGGCAUUCACAAACUUUCUCCUCGGGGUUAAAGCUCAAUGUUUAAGGCUGUGUUUUUCGGGCUGUGGGGUGGGGUGGUCACCCCUCACCCGCUGCUGGCUUUCCGUAAAGUGGAAAACGCUCUCAAACUGCCAAGGGAUUUCAUUCUGAACACCAUUCUGAAGGCAGGGAGUGAGGGUGCUGUGUUUCGAGCUGACCGAGGAAAGCUCACCCUUACACAGAUGUUCCCUGAGCUGGAGGCUGAGUGUCAGAAGGAAGCUGCCAGUCAGGGACUCUCUCUGCCUGCCCACUUCUCAGCCCAGAAGCUCUUUGAUGAGGUGGUUCAGGUGGAGUUCAACGGGCCGCUGCUGGAUGCUGCUGCCACUCUUCAGCGCCAGGGCAUAAGAACCUGUGUCCUGGCCAAUAUGUGGAUUGAUGACAGCCCUCAGAGGGACAGUAUUGCUAAAAUUCUCCAUGUCUUGGAAAACCGCUUUGAUCUGGUGGUGCGAUCCAGCCAAAUUGGGGCAAAGCUCCCUGAAGCUGCUGUGUUCCAGUCGGCCUUGGAUCAAUUGCAUGUUAAACCCAAAGAGGCUCUCUGGUUGGAUGUAUCUGAGGAAAGUGUGAAGACAGCUGAGAGCUUGGGCAUGGCUGCUGUUCACAUAACUGAGAUCAGUGAAGCAGUGAAGAAGAUGGAAACACUUACUGGGAUAAAGCUUACAGUUGAGCAGUUGCCACGUGCUUGUGAUGCUGAGAAAGUCAGCCAUGGAUAUGUUACUGUCAAGCCUGGGGUGAAGAUCCAUUAUGUGGAGAUGGGGGAUGGGCCUCCUGUUCUGCUUUGCCAUGGGUUCCCUGAAAGCUGGUAUUCCUGGAGGUACCAGAUUCCAGCUUUGGCUGAUGCGGGGUUCAGGGUUAUUGCUCCUGACAUGAAAGGCUAUGGUGACUCCUCUGCUCCAGCAGAUAUUGAGGAAUAUUCACAAGAAAAUAUUGUAAAGGAUCUGGUGACGUUCAUGGAUAAGUUGGGUCUUGCUCAGGUUACUCUGUUUGGGCACGACUGGGGUGGUUCGGUGGCUUGGAACAUGGCUCAGUGUCAUCCAGAGAGACUGAGGGCUGUUGCUUCUCUCAACACUCCUCUAUUUCGUGUUGAUCCAGACACAAAUCCAAUGGAACGACUGAAGGCUAUGCCCAUUUUUGACUAUCAAAUAUACUUUCAGGAGCCUGGUGUGGCGGAGGCUGAGCUGGAGAGAAACCUGGCCAGGACUUUUAAACUGAUGUUCACUGCUAGUAGUGAAAAAGGCCUUCUGAAAGGGGGCACUGCUGGAGUCUGUAAAAGAGGGGGGUUGUUUGUUGGGUCACCAGAGGAUGUCCCCAGAAGCUCCAUGCUAAGUGAGGAGGAUCUGCAGUACUAUAUGCAGCAGUUCAGUAAGAGUGGCUUCAGGGGUCCUCUCAACUGGUAUCGAAAUGUGGAGAGGAACUGGCGCUGGCUGUGCUCAAGGCCAAGGGGCAAGAUCCUGAUGCCAGCGCUGAUGGUGACUGCAGGGAAAGAUAAAGUGCUUCUGCCCAGCUUCAGCACUGGCAUGGAGAACAUGAUUCCUAAUUUAACUAGAGGCCAUAUUGAAGAAUGUGGACACUGGACCCAGAUGGAGAGGCCAGCUGAACUCAAUAAAAUCAUCAUCUCUUGGCUGAAAGACACCCAUGAGAAAGCAUCCAUAUCAUUCUCUCCAAAACUGUGAGAUGACUCUUUAUUUGGAAAUGAAGUUUGGGAACAGACAACCUCAGCUUGGAUACAGCAGCCCUUCAUAUUCAGUAAUCAUUUUCUGCUUUUUACAGUACUAUGCACUAAUAAAGCACUGCAUUACUUCUCCACAUGAUAUUAGUUUACUUUUAAAAUGAACUUUAAAUUAUGCAUUUUAAAUUUCAAACCACACAUUUUAUUAAAAGCUUUGUGCAUUGCAAAACAAUAAA